AUGAGCAAUCUUCAGAUACUUUCCAAGUUCACCGUUGGUGGACAGGAGCUGCAGAACCGUGUCGUUCUGGCCCCUUUGACCCGCGCUCGCUGCACACCUACCGAAGAUCCGCUCGAUACCGUCUCCCGGACACCGAACGACCUCAUGGCGACUUACUAUGAACAACGUGCGUCGGCGGGUCUCAUCAUUACGGAAGCCACUGCCGUUUCUGAAGAGGGCUACGGCUGGCUCAACAGUCCAGAGCUUCGUACCGAAGCACAAAUGGAAGCAUGGAAAAAGAUCGUGGAUAAGGUACACGCCAAGGGAUCCAAGAUUUAUGUCCAAUUUUGGAAUAUGGGUCGACAAGCCCAUUCGUCUUUUCACGUCGAAUCCCAACGCGUAGUUUCGGCGUCCGACAUUCCCAUGGCCGACUCUUUCAAGGUCAAGUCAUCAACCUUUGAAGAUGUACCGCCCGAAACACCCGUUCCCUUGACGGUGGACGAGAUUCAAAGUGUGGUCGCAGAUUUCGUACAUGGUGCCAAACUCGCUCGUCAGGCAGGCUUUGACGGAAUCGAGAUCCACUCCGCCAACGGAUAUUUGAUUGAUCAAUUCUUGCAGUCCAAGACCAACAAACGCGCGGACCAAUACGGCGGAAGCAUGGAAAACCGCUUUCGCUUUUUGAAGGAAAUUGUGCAAGGUAUCGUGGACAGCGGAGCCUACCCCUCGAAUCGGAUUGGCUUUCGAAUCUCGCCCAACGGAGUCUUUGGAGACAUGGGUAGUGAGGACAACGCCCAGAUGUUUACCUUUGUGGCGGCCGAAAUGAGUAAACUCAAGGUGGCCUACCUGCAUCUUAUGGAUGGUCUCGGCUUUGGAUACCAUGGAUUAUGUCCGGCAGUUACGGCUGCCGAUAUCCGUAAAGUCUUUGACGGUCCCAUUAUUUGCAACGUUGGACUUACGAAAGAAAUUGCCGAAGGGAUGAUUCGCUCGGGUGCCGCUGAUCUGGCCUGCUUUGGACGUUUGUACAUUAGCAAUCCCGAUCUGGUCGAACGUUUCGCCAAUGACUGGCCUCUAGAACCUGAAGCUGCUUAUCAGCACUGGUGGCAACACGUUGGCGCCAAAGGUUACACCGAUUGGCCAACGUACAAGCCAUCCGAGGAAGAUAGCGACGACGCUCAGAACGACGAGUAGGCUGCUACUACAAGAGCUCGAAAUUUCGUGAAUGUGCCACGUUCCUGCACUUUGCGGUUGGGU